GAGGAGCGAUGCUGCCGUAUUUUCGGCACUUGCCACUCCGGACAUCCCGUGAUUGAGCAGAUCCUCUCCUCCGGCGAAUGGUUGGUAGGCGGCGACCUAGAGGUUUUCGAGCGCAUUCGUUGGGGCGACGGAUUGGAUGACUACCGAUUGACCCCGGCUGAGCUAAAGUUGCGGUUUAAAGAGAUGAAAGUAAGAUUAACGCGAUGGCACUAUGCUGGAAUCUCUUUUUUUCGACCUUUCCACGACCAAGGCUCAAGGAUAGCUCGGCUUCCAUGGUGCACUAUUUGCUUGCUGAGCUGUGAUGGCACGUCCUCUCUUGUAGGGCAAUCCAUAGGCCGCUUGAGGCUCAUUCCCACUCUUGACUCUCGGUUAGAGUCCCAUGCAAGCCUUCUUUCUGCUUCUUCUUUUAGUUUUCCUUUCUGA